UGGUAUUAAAGUAUUUCUUAUAUUUCAUUUUUAGAACACUCACGCGUGUUGUGAAAUGGAACCGGGGAUUUGCUACAUUAAGCCUGAGUAUUUGUUGGCAGAACCUAAUGGUGCCCACAACUGGGAAGUAAAACCAUCCACUGAUGGAGAAACAAACAAAAGAAAACACCUGGAGAAUGAGGAAACUACAAACGAGCGACAAAGCAAGCGUGGAAGUGGCAAAAAAGAGCGGAAACGUGGCCAAAAUAAAAAUCGACCCGUGUUCAAAGAUGAGCGCUACUCUCAUUUGUGCCACUCGUUGGUAGAUGGCGCUGGUGGCGAGCCCUGCACUCUGCCAAAUUGCCGUUAUGUGCAUGAUCUGAACGCGUUUAUAGCAGCCAAAGGUGCGGAUUUGGGUGAGCAAUGCUACGUGUAUGACACCAAGGGAUAUUGUGCACGUGGCAUCACAUGCCGUUUUGCCAAAGCCCACACAGAUGAGAACGGACGAAAUAUGAAGAAGCCAAAUUACGAUGAAAAAGCCGCGCAGACUACGUACAAUGGCAUCAGCUCAGAGCUACAAGUGCGUCUGCGCAAGCAUGAUUACGACUUUAGUCGUAGCAAAGAGUUGAUCAAGAAGGCGGAAAAGCGCAGAGAUGAAAGGAAGAAGGAUCAGCAGCCAAAGGAGUUGGAGGUUCAGAACCUAGACAAAGAGGAACAGGAGGGCAGGAAAGAACGCCAGCAGCAAGAUGUGGCACCUAUAGAGAAAGAAGAAGCGACAGAGGACCAGUCAUCGGUGAGGAAGCCCAUUGGUAGUGCUAUAGAUGAAGAAACAAAUGGACGCGAUGCGCACCGAAAGCCUGUCAUCGAUUUUCGAGAGAAGCUGCUGCUCUCCCCGUUGACAACAGUGGGAAAUUUGCCAUUUCGUCGCAUCUGCAAGGAGUUCGGGGCAGACAUCACCUGUGGAGAGAUGGCAUGCGCUGUCCCGCUGCUCAAGGGUCUCGGGCAGGAAUGGGCGCUGACCAAGCGUCAUCAAAGCGAGAACGUGUUUGGCGUGCAGCUGUGUGGCAACAACCCGAAUGUGAUUAGCCAGGCGGCGCAAGUGUUGCACGAAACAUCGCGGGUGGACUUCAUUGAUCUUAAUAUAGGCUGUCCGAUUGACCUCAUCUAUCAACAGGGCGGAGGUAGUGCACUAAUGCGCCGCACCAAUAUCCUGGAACUGACUGUGCGCAGCUGCUCGGCGCUGUCCGAGCGGCUGCCUUUCACUGUGAAAAUGCGCACAGGUGUCUAUGCGGAUAAGAGUGUGGCCCACGAACUGCUGCCUCUGGUAGAGGAAUGGGGCGCCUCGGCUGUUACCUUGCAUGGACGUUCCAGGGAGCAGCGAUACACGCGCCAAGCCAACUGGACGUAUAUCGAGGAGUGCGCCAAACAAGCCAAGCAUAUACCCGUGAUUGGGAAUGGCGACAUUCUGAGCUAUGAGGACUACGUAGAGCGACGAGCUUUGGCUCCACACGUUAGCUCUGUCAUGAUUGGACGCGGUGCGUUAAUCAAACCUUGGAUCUUCCAGGAGAUCAAAGAGCAAAAAGCGUGCUCACCCAGCUCGACGCAACGGUUUGAAAUGUUGCGUCGCUAUUGCAACUACGGAUUGGAGCACUGGGGCUCAGAUACUAAGGGCGUGGAGAGCACUCGGCGCUUUCUGCUCGAAUGGCAAUCGUUCCUAUACCGCUACAUACCAGAGGAGCUGCAGCUGUCGCCGCCACAGAAAAUCAAUGCCAGGCCACAAAAGUAUCGCGGACGCGAUGAAAUGGAAUCACUGAUGAGCUCCGGCAACGCCUCCGACUGGGUGCGACUCAGUGAAAUGCUGCUCGGCCCGGUACCUCAAGGAUUUACCUUUGUACCCAAGCACAAGGCGAAUGCUUUCUAAUUCCCGAUCCGUUGUUGACUAUUCAUUU